AUCAUGAUCGAUGAUGUUGGUUGGAACGAUGUUGGUUACCAUGGUUCGUCAAUAUCUACUCCACACAUGGACACACUUGCCAAAGAAGGAACCAAGUUAGAGAAUUAUUAUGUUGCUCACUUAUGCAGUCCAAGCAGAGGAAUGUUUCUAACUGGCAAGCACAUGAUUCAUCUGGGGAUGGAAGGUGGAAUAAUCAUGCCAUUCGAGAGAAAGUGUUUACCCGUCAAUGAAGCAACGAUUGCACAAGAGCUCAAAUUGAAAAAUUACAGCACUCACGCCAUCGGUAAAUGGCACGUUGGUUACUACAAAAAAGCUUGUCUUCCCAAUAAUCGGGGAUUUGAUACGUUCUUUGGCAUCAUUGGAGGUUGUGCAGAUCACUAUACACACAAGAACACGCACUGGUGGGAAUUAUACAGAAACAAUAUCAGUAUUGCACAGGAAUACCAGGGACAUUACUCCACAGAUCUUUAUGCAAGAGAGGCAACGAAUGUUAUAAGAAAUCAUGAUGCCAGCAAGCCGAUGUUUAUGUACUUAGCUUUCCAAGCUGCCCAUUUACCCCUACAAGCACCACGCAAAUACAUUGACAUGUACUCUAAUAUAGAAGAUCCAGACAGACGUGUGUAUGCUGCCAUGGUUACAUGUAUGGAUGAUGCGAUUGGUAACGUCGUGGACCAAUUGAGAGAAGCCGGCCUAUGGAACAACACUGUUUUGAUAGUGUCAACGGACAAUGGCGGAGCUAAGAUAAGUGGAAACAACUGGCCCCUCAAAGGUUCAAAAGCAUCGCUCUGGGAAGGUGGCGUAAGGGGUGUAGCAUUCGUUACAAGUCCUUUUCUUGCUGACCACGUGAGAGGAACAUCGAAUCACCAACUCAUGCACGUGACUGACUGGUUUCCUACAAUGUUACAUGUGGCUGGUGUUUAUAGUGACGUCAUUAAAUCAAUGACAUUAGACGGCGUUAAUCAGUGGAAUACUAUAAGUGAGAACCGCCAGACUGAAAGAAACGAUGUACUAAUAAACCUCAACGUAAACAGAAAAGUGAAACAUGUCCACUAUGAAGAGCCAUGGCUAGACAAUGAACAUUUCGAUGUCAGAAUUAAAUCAGCUCUUCGACUCGGCAAUUGGAAACUGCUUACAGGUAGUCAAGUAUAUAAACUGCAUGCUUGUCAUGGCGUGGCAUGUCAGUACACAUCUACUGAUGACAUGGAAUGUCAUUACACAUCUACUGAUGACAUGGGAUGUCAGUACACAUCUACUGAUGACAUGAUUUCAGUACACAUCUACUGA